GCCUCUGAAAAGUGCCCUCCGCGUCUCCCUGCUGAGAUUUUAAAACCGGAUUUGACCUGUCGGAAUGUGUGUGUUCUGCUGAAGUCGCCAUUUUCUGCAAGGAGAGAUGGAGAACGGAGGGUCUGAAAACAUGCUGGGUGACGAGGAGGCACUGUGGGAGAAUGUCGAGAAGAACCGGUACAUCCUGUGCCGUUACAUUAACCCCAACAAGCUGACCUCGUAUCUAAGGCAGUGCAAGGUCAUUGACGAACAGGACGAGGAUGAGGUGCUAAACUCCUUACUGCUGCAGACAAAACCCAACCGUGCAGGUCGACUGCUGGAUAUUCUUCACACUAAAGGCGAGCGAGGCUAUCUGGUAUUCCUGGAAAGUCUGGAGUUAUACUAUCCCGACCUAUACAAGAUGGUCACAGGCAAAGAACCCACACGGAGAUGCUCUUCUAUUGUUGUGGAGGAGGGCCAUGAAGGUCUGACCCAGUUCCUCAUGAAUGAAGUGAUGAAGCUGCAACAACAAGCUAAGGCCAAAGACGUGCAGCGCGUGGACAUCAUGGCCAAGUGCCGCACGCUGGAGGAUGAACAGAAGAAGCUGCGGCUAGCCAACCAGGAGCUGCGCACCUUCCAGGAGCGCUAUAACAAGAUGAAGGAGGAGCGGAACAACUGCAACGAUGAGCUCAUUAAAGUGAAGGAUGAGAAUUACCAGUUGGCCAUGCGCUACGCUCAACUCAGCGAAGAGAAGAACAUGGCCAUCAUGAGGAGCCGAGACCUGCAGCUGGAGAUUGACCAGCUGAAGCACAAGCUGAACAAGGUGGAGGAGGAAUGCAAGAUGGAGAGGAAACAGUCUCUAAAGCUGAAGAAUGAUAUCGAAAACCGUCCGCGCAAAGAACAGAUCUAUGAGCUAGAGCGAGAAAACGAAGUUCUGAAGAUGAAACUCCAGGAAGUGCAGUCUCUCAUCCAGCCUGGGCCACUGACGGACUCAGACAAGGCUCUCCGGGACAUUCUGGAACACGACCGCCAGGAAGCUCUGGAGGAUCGACAGGAGCUGGUGAACAGACUUUAUAACCUGCACGAAGAACUGCGGCAAGCCGAGGAGCUCAGAGACAAGUACCUCGAGGAGAAGGAGGACCUUGAGCUGAAGUGUUCCACUCUGGUGAAGGACUGUGAGAUGUAUAAGAACCGCAUGAACACCAUCAUGUUCCAGCUGGAGGAAGUAGAACGUGAACGGGACCAGGCAUUUCGAGCUAGAGACGAAGCCCAGACCCAGGUGUCUCAGUAUCUGAUUGACAAAGACAAGUACCGUAAGCAGAUCCGGGAGCUGGAGGAGAGGAGCGAUGAGCUACACAUCGAGAUCAUGCGUAAAGAAGCUAAGAUAGUCACAUUAGACUCCAGACUAAGGCGCCUCUCCAAAGAUCAAGGCCUGGAUCUUACCCAGAGUUUACCCCGAGAUAUUAUACCGGUGAGCAAAUUUCAGAAUGCUGAGCAUGCAGACCCCAAGAUGGAGGGGCCGUCUGAAGACUCCGGGGAAGACACUUCAGAGGACAUGUACUUUUUCACACCCACUGUUGACAUCCCACCACCAAAGAUUAAACGCAGACCAAAUCUCAAGGGGAUUCGAGCGAAAUCGCCAAUCUCUCCACCCAAAUUGUUGGAUUUCCAAGCUACACUUCAGAGCAAUGGGGAGCUCACAGAUGCCAUAAGCCCAGAUGCUCACUCCCCUUUUGUCUCACAAGCCCGUAACAGAAACCACAGCAUCAUGUCCACAACAGCUGAACCUCCAGAGAAGGCCUCCAUCCUCAGGAGGACUAAAGAAGGAGACCAAGAAUUCCUGCCCCGAUGCCUCGAUGCAGUGGACUCUGAUGGAGACUGUGUAGACAUGGAUGAAGCAGACAUAUACGGCCCGCCUUCUAUCAACUCUUCCUCAUCCUCGCAUCAGUCCGAGGGUAUGGACUCGUAUGAUCUGGAGCAGGUCAACAACAUCUUCAGGAAAUUUUCACUAGAGAGACCAUUCCGUCCGUCUCUUACGUCCUGCGCUCGUCCUACCACUCUGCCCCCAGUGCAGGAGAUUUCUCUCCUUGGAGACUGUCUCUUGGAAGACAUUACUCUGGUUGGGGGCAAUGACAGUGGCAUAUUUGUUUCCUCUGUCUUUCCUGGCUCCAAUGCUGAAAAGGCCGGCUUAAGAAUGGGACACCACCUCUUAUGGCUGAAUGGCUGUAUCCGAGGAGAAAGCCAGAGUGUAUCUUUGGAUACAUGCACUCAGGAAGAGGCUCACUGGACACUUCAGAGAUGCACUGGUCCUGUCCAGCUCCAUUACAGAAGUAACUUUGAAGGCUACAGGCGUCUACAGAAGGACAUAGAGGAGGGCCGAGCAGUGUCGGGCGACUCGUUCUACAUCCGGGCCAACCUGAACGUCUCCGGCCAGUUAGACAGCUGCUCGCUGAGUGUACGGUGUGACGAGGUGCUCCAUGUUUUGGACACACGGUACCAGGGCAAAUGCGAGUGGCUGUGCGCACGUGUCGACUCGUACACUGACAAGGACCUGGAGAAGGGCACCAUCCCCAGCUACAGCAGGGCCCAGCAGCUCCUCCUGGUGAAGAUCCAGAAGCUGAUGUGUCGUGGCAGCCGAGAAGAGAUAGAUAGUCUGAAGGGACUUAGGAAUACUUUGCAGCCCGAGGAAGCCCCUCCGUCAGACCCAAAGAGCAGUCCACGCCUGUCCAGAGCCAGCAUCUUCAUCUGCCAGAUCCUGCAGUUUGUCAGCAGGGCAGAUAACAAGUACAAGAGGAUGGACAGCAACGAUCGUGUGCGCAUCCUCAACGCUGGCAAUCUGUCAUCUCUUCCCAAACCGGGUUUUGAAACCAUGAAGCCUGAGGAUUCAUCCGACUCAGAAAGUGAUUUGAACAAGAGCGAUCUAAGCCUGAUCCCGUACAGUCCAGUGACGCCACAUCACUGCCCACGCAAACGCCCUGUUCUCUUCUCUCCUAACAUCCUGGCCAAAACCAUCGUUCAGAAGUUCCUCAACGCUGGGGGAGUCAUGGAGUUCACCGUCUGCAAGCCAGACAUCCUGACAAAAGAGGAGUUCCUCAUGAAGCAGAAGAUAGAGCCGAUCAUCUUCUCAAAGGAAAGGCAGGCGAGCACAUACGAGUGCAUCACCCCUGAGAACAUCGAAGCUGUUGCCUUUAAGGGUAAACACUGUCUCUUGGAAGCAGAACUGAGCUGUGCAAAAGAAUUGCUCAGGAGAGAAAUCUACCCCAUCAUUAUCUACAUCAAAAUCUGCGAGAGGAACAUCAAGAAAUUAAAGAGGCUUCCUCUGAAGGUGGAUUCGGAGGAGGAAUUCCUGAAGAUGUGCCGCGCUAAGGAGAAAGAGCUGGAAGCCCUGCCGUGUCUCUAUGCCACCGUGGAGCCCGACUCCUGGAGUGGAGUGGAGGAUCUCCUCAGGCUCAUUAAGGACAAGAUCCUGGAGGAGCAGAAGAAAACAGUGUGGGUGGAGCAAGACCUGCUGUAGAUCACCUGACCUUGAGAACAGCCAGCCAGACAGCGAGACAGACAGACAGCCACAAACACUGACAAUGUAGGUUACACUGAUCUCUGAAACUCUGUCAGCGCUUGUGGCGUAGCUGGAAUGUAUACACAAGCCACUGCAAUGCAAAGAGGAAGUGUUGCAGAGGUCUGUGGUUCCUGUGCAGUGAAAAGAAAAUGCGCCUAAGGAAAGACGGCCUUUUCUGACACCGGUCCCGGCUAGAGGAAGACGCGUUCUCAUUCAAAGCCUUUUUAUAUAUCGUUCUCCAAAUGUGCUGCUGUAGUCAGUAAAACGUUCUUUUGCUCACGUCCUAUUUGUAAUCCCCAGUAAGGCACAGCCCACUGCAUUUUGUUGGAUUCCAUCCACUGGUUUGUUUGUUUGUUUGUUUGUUUCCUCUUGCAGAUGCUCACUGCAGUUCUCAUUUAUCAUCCCGAGUGACCACAAACAAGAUGAAUGUUGAUAAUUCAAAACUGAAUUUGAUGCCCUUAUCAUUGCAUUGUUUAAACGAUGGACCAGAGCUCUGAUUUAUUUCACUCCAUCUUCGUAUUGUCAGGAUAUUUAUUUUAUAGCCAACCUGCAGCACAUUAUUUAAAAGAAAGGCUGUGUCGUGUUGUUUCUUCUGCUGUAGUGUGUACACAUGAUGUGGAUGUGCGGGUGGAUGACUUCUCACGGUGUGUUCUAGGUUUGACGCAUAGAUAUGCAUGCUGUAUAGUGAAUAGUGCGUUCGAAACAAAAAAAAAACCCAUGCAGCAUUAAGUUUGACUGAACAGUUGUGUGAGUGAUUUGAAUAUAUUGUGAAGAUGUUCCUUCUUAAGUUGAAACUUUUCCACAAGUCACUUGCGAAAAAAGGAACUGUCACCAGGAAGUUCGACACACAUUUGCCUCUGAAGGCCAAAUGUUCUCUCUGCUGUGAAGAUAAAGGGUAUUGCACUGUUGCACCAACCCUCAAGGUCGACAUAUAAUCCUGUGAUAACUUGUAGAUCAUUGUGCAUAAUUGCAAAUGUGUUGCUAUCUAUUUUGUCGAAGGCAAGACACUACAGGUAGUCACGUCAGUUAUGGACAAAUCAGUAACAUGUCUUCUAUUAAACUGUAGCAAUAAGAGUGUCAUAACUCCUCAGAAAUGUUCAAACGUAUUAGAAGCCUUAAGCUCCGCCCACUUGGUACAGUCACAUCAUAUCGUACAUCCUGGAUAGGCUUGUUUUGCGAGAUACAGUACCCGUCAAAAAUUUGGACACACCUUCUAAUUCACUGAUUAUUAUUAUUUGUUUUUUUUUAAUUAAAAGACACUUUUUUUUUUUAAAUAAAUACUGUCACGUAAGUGUGAGGUCAAACUCAACACACAUGCUGUCUUACUUUCAGGGGUUAGUGAGAAUCAAAAUAGUGUUAUGAUUAUUCCUCACUGAAAUACAGUGGCUUGCAUAAGUAUCCCCCCC